CCUGCAGCCACCUCGGUAGCUCGCUAGACAACAAAGUCGGAACAUUCAAUAUCUUUAGACAAUUUCGUGGUUUAUUUGCCACUAUGAUUUAAACAUACUUAUGUGGAAACAACUAGCUACCUCAUUUAAUUUUAUAUUUACGUUGUAAGUCAACUAGCUGGCUGGUUAACUUUGCACUAGUCUAGUCGCUAAUGCUAAUUAGCUAUUAUCCACGACCAUGAGUUCACUAAGCUUCUCUCCUGAUAAAGAAGAGGACGUCUGCUGGACGGAGAAAGAAGCUUUCGUCAAAGAGGAGGAGGAAGAGGAGGCUGUUACAAUACAAAAUCAAGUAGAGGGUGAGGCUGUUACCGUGAAAGAAGAAGAGAAAGAUGCGUUCAGAGUGAAAGAGGAGGAGGAUGUUACAGUAAAAGAAGAGGAGGAAGCCGUUUUUGGAGUGGAGGAGGUUACUGUGACAGUGAAAGAAGAUGACCACGUUUUUUUAAUGAAGGAUGAAGAGGGGGAGAUUACUGUCACAUUAGAGGAGGACGAAGAAGAGAAGACUGGAGUUCUGAUUAACACCAGUAAAUACAGAGAGAGACCAGACCCUCCUUCUGACAGCAGGAAGAGUCCUUCAGGGGAACCAGACCCUGAGACGUCUAAACCAGCAGGACGACAUCACUGCUCCCAGUGUGGAAAGAGUUUUACUCAGUUAGGGAGCCUGAAAACACAUAAUAGAAUACACACAGAAGAGAAGCCUUACCACUGCUCCUUGUGCGGAAAGAGUUUUAGGUGGUUAGGGAGCGUCGAAAGGCAUGAGAGGACGCACACAGGAGAAAAGCCUUUCCAAUGUUCCCAUUGUGGAAAGAGUUGUACCCAGUUAGGGAGCCUGAAGGAGCACGAGAGAAUACACACAGGAGAAAAGCCUUACCAAUGUUCCCAUUGUGGAAAGCAUUUUGCCCAGUUAGGAAACCUGAACCAGCAUGAGAGGACACACACAGGAAAAAAUACGUACCACUGCUCCCACUGUGGAAAGAGAUUUACCCGGUUAAGGUACCAGAAAGAGCAUGAAAGAAUACAUACAAAUACACAGGAGGAGAAGACAUACCACUGCUCUCAUUGUGGAAAGACAUUUCCCCAGUCAGAGGACCUGAAAUCACACGAGAGAAUCGAGAGGCUGUGUUCUGACUUGUGUUUUUGACUGAGAAUGUGUGUUUUUGUUUGGGCUGUCAGACUUAACUUUGUGUAAUGUUAGUGCACUAUUUUUUAAUUGCGAUUAAUCCAUUGUCUGAAAGCUGUGAAAAUACACUGAAAGCAUCCAAAAUGCCUACUAUAUACCGCUAAAAUCUACAAUGCCAUGUAAAAACAAGAUGACAUGGAGGUUAAAUAAAGUGUGCUUUAUCAAUGUAACAUUUUGUGACCCGUCCACUGUGGGGCUCUGUAGAGUCAUAAUAUCCAUAACAACUACAGGUCAAACAGGGAAAUGGUUCCAAUCCUUUUUCCACCAUUCAUUUUUCCCAUAGGGCUGUGUUUUGUUUAGGCUCACCCUGGUGUGAUGUUUUGAUAACCAUGUAAAUCUCUCUAGGACAAGGUGACUGAGGGCACACCGUGUGUUGUGAAUGUAUUGUAAUGUUUUUAAUAUUGUAUAACUGCCUUUAUUUUGCUGGACCCUGGGUGGGUAUAAUUUGUGGAACGUUCCAAUAGGAAUCCGUUCCAAAAACUUCGUAAAUAACAAGGUUGCCAACAAACAACGCAUACAGAGUCGUAUAACAGUAGAAUGAGAUACCGGGUAGGGGGUGAGCUAUGUAAAUUACGUUUUUCACUCACCACGUUUAUUCGGAAAAAAUGUAUCUUCGUUCUAGUAGCCUCCACCAUUUCUCAUUCGUUGGUUUAGUUAUUAUUUCCGGUGUUCCUGCAUUUGCCGGGUGAUUGUUGGAAUCGCUGUGGUUGAAAUGUAACUGAUGACCGCAAGCCCCAGUAUUUUAUUAGCUAGGUGGCUUGUACACAAUUGUUACCGAUGAUAUAUAUAUACCUACUCGUACUACGGAAAUAUACAUUGUAUUUUGCCAAGUUCUCUCUGUGUUAAUCCUGUUUCCCAAAUAUAGCAGGUAACUUGUGUCGAUGUUGUUGAGUUCAUCUUGCCUAGUUAAAUAAAGAUGAAAUAAAUUAGAACAUUUAAGAUAUAUAAUUUGACCUAUUUCAGGUAACCCCAAGAUGCUUGAUUCACUACAGCUGUUUUUGAAUAACUUUCCAGACGUUUUUGCUUUACAUUCCGACUUUUGAACGUCUGUUUAUUGGACAUGUAUAUUAGUGUCUAAUAAGAAAGAGCAACUUAUGGAAAACAUCCCAUCUGGUUAAGGUUAAAGUGUGUGUGUGUGUGUGUGUGUGUGUGUGUGUGUGUGUGUGUGUGUGUGUGUGUGUGUGUGUGUGUGUGUGUGUGUGUGUGUGUGUGUGUGCGUGUAUAUAUGUGUGUAGUGUAGGUCCACUAGGUGUCAGCACAGCUUCAAUAAUGUUCAGGUUCACAACAUGUUUUCAUGUGUAACAAAUCAAAUUGUAUUUGUCACAUGCGCCGAAUACUACAUGUGUAGACCUUACAGUGAAAUGCUGAAAUUAAGCCCUUAACCAACAAUUUAGUUGUAAGAAAAAUGUGUUAAGUAAAAAAUAAGAAAUAAAAGUAACAAAUAAUUAAAGAUCAGCAGUACAAAAAAAAUAGCAAGGCUAUAUACAUGGGGUACCGGUGUUCCUUUCAAGUCCAGUGGUGUAAAUUACUUAACAAAAAUGUAUUUAAAGUACUCCACUACAUUCUGUUUAUAUCUGUUGUUUUUGUAUCUGUACUUUUACUCUUUCUGUUUCUUUACAACAUUAAAUUUUACUUCGCCACAUUUUUUAAAGAAUAUAAUAUUAUUUUUUACUCCAUACAGUUUCCCUGGCACCCAAAAGUACUUUUUGCAUUUUGAAUGCUAAGCCGGACAGGAAAAUGGUCCAAUUCACACACUUAUCAAGAGAACAUCCCUACUGCCUCUGAUCUAGCGGACUCACUAAACACAUGCUUUGUUUGUAAAUUGUCAGUGUUCCCAUGGCUAUUUCUUAAAUAAAAAUACAAGAGAA